AAACCACUUUUUGUACCAGGCUGUAAACAUAUUUUUUUCUGCUGUAAAGUUUUUUAACAUUUUAACAUGGGGAGCCUAUGGGACUGACUGCCUUUUGGUGCCAGCCUCUAGCGGCCAGCCGAUGAAUUGCAGUUUUAGUCACUUCCGUGUUGGAGAGCGAGUGGAAGGUUGCUGCUUGGCUUUUCCUUGGUUUCUUCUGCAAGGCUUAUUUGGAGUUUCAUCAUGAGAGCGCCCUCUGGCCUUCAGGUGGAGAUUUACUGCUGAUCACAGAACCGUGUUUCACUGAAAGAUACGCAUGACAAUCACAGCUUCUGCCUAAUCGUGAUUUAUCACCUUUGCGAUUUAAUUUCGAUUAAUCGUGCAGCCCUAGUUUGCGUGCACAGCUGCGGUUCAAAAUUGAUUCCUUUUUUUUCUUCCUCGUCAGCAAUGUUUAUGCCAUCUUGGUUUAAUUCCUCACCCAUUGCUUCUUCUUAACAUCUAAUCCUCUGAGUCACAAUCUCCGCCUCUUCAUACUACAUGAAUAGACUCAUUCUCCAGGGAAUGACAGUUUAUUUGCUAACGGUUUUGGGGGAACAUUAUAAUUGAGUCAUUGCCUGCAGCCAUUAUCAAGCUUUUGACGAACCAAAUACUUCUUCAUUUCUCGCUCUCACUCAUGUUCCGUAAGAUGAGGGGUCUCAGCGAGUUUCUGGAGAACUCUCCCUCUAUUGGAGACGUGCUGUCCCAUUUAACCUCCACGGUGGGCGGACACACUCUCCAUGUCACUAUGCUGCCGAACCCCUCCCACCUGGAGGCCAUCAACCCUGUGACACAAGGAAAGACUCGUGUCCGUCAGCAAGUCAAACAGGAGGGUGAUUACUCCGCUGACCCUCAUGCACAACCAGGAGACCUGAGCAGAGAUGUUUCAAUCAAUUUUAUGAUGUCUAUUUUAGUUUCUAGAUUAGUUCAUGGCGAUGCUUCGUUUUCAGGCCAAGGCAUAGUAACGGAGACCUUCACACUGUCAAAUCUCCCCCAUUUCAGAGUAGGUGGAAGCAUCCACCUCAUUGUGAACAAUCAAGUGGGCUACACUACUCCCUCAGAGAGGGGCCGAUCAUCUCUGUACUGUAGUGAUGUUGGUAAAAUGGUGGGAUGUGCAAUAAUCCAUGUGAAUGGCGAUGAUGUUGAGGAUGUCCUCAGGGCGACCCGGCUGGCCGUGGAGUACCAGAGACGCUUCAGAAAAGAUGUCAUUGUAGACCUGCUUUGUUACCGCCAAUGGGGGCACAAUGAGCUGGAUGAGCCCUUUUUCACAAACCCCGCAAUGUAUAAAAUUAUCCGGUCGAGAAAAAGUAUCCCAGAUUCAUAUGCCGACCAACUCAUCUCUGAGGGUCUGAUGACAGAGGAAGAGCGCGGGCAGAUCAAGACCACCCACUACGCCCUGCUCAACGACUGGCUGAACAACAUGACCCUCUACAGCCCUCCGCCCACCAACCUCCAGGGGCGCUGGGGAGACCUGGUGGAGCCCCAGAACAGGGUCUCAUUCUGGGACACGGGCGUAGCGCUGCCCCUGCUGCAGUUCGUAGGUGCCAGAUCAGUAGACGUACCUGAGGAGAUUCAAAUGCACAGCCACCUGAGAAAGACACACGUGCAGGCACGCCUGCAGAAACUGGAAGAGGGCACAAAAUUAGACUGGUCCACAGCGGAAGCCCUGGCAUUUGGCACGUUGCUGUGCCAGGGAUUUAAUAUCCAUAUCAGCGGUCAGGAUGUUGGCCGGGGUACAUUCAGUCAGCGUCACACUAUGGUUGUGUGUCAAGAAACCAACGACAUGUACAUCCCCCUCAAUCACAUCAGCCCUGAACAGAAAGGCCACUUGGAGGUGUGCAACAGUGCUCUUUCUGAGGAAGCUGUUCUGGGGUUUGAGUAUGGAAUGAGCAUUGCUCAGCCUGGACUGCUGCCCAUCUGGGAGGCUCAGUUUGGAGAUUUCUUCAACGGCGCUCAGAUAAUAUUUGACACUUUCCUCUCUGGAGGUGAGGCGAAAUGGCUCCUGCAGAGUGGAUUGGUCAUCUUACUGCCGCACGGAUACGAUGGAGCCGGACCAGAGCAUUCAUCCUGCCGAAUCGAGCGUUUCUUACAGCUCUGUGACAGUAAAGAGGAAGGUGUGGACGGUGACACAGUGAACAUGGGAGUGGUGAAUCCUACCCUACCUGCGCAGUACUACCACCUUUUGCGGAGACAAAUGAUUAGAAACUUCAGGAAGCCGCUAAUCGUGGCCUCUCCUAAGACUCUUCUGUGCUUUUCUGGGGCAGUGUCAAGCUUGGCUGAUAUGGGACCAGGAACUUCCUUUAAGCCUGUCAUUGGUGAUAUUUCUGUAAACCCCACAAGUGUGCAGCGGAUUCUGUUUUGUUCAGGUAAACAUUACUACGCCCUGCUGAAACAUCGAGAGACGUUACCAGAGGCAGAAAAAAGCACAGCUUUGAUCAGAGUGGAGGAACUGUGUCCUUUCCCCACGGAAGCCCUACAACAGGAACUAAAUAAAUACACAAACGCCAAAGAUUUUAUCUGGAGUCAAGAGGAGCCACAGAACAUGGGCAGCUGGUCAUUUGUAUCACCGAGAUUUGAAAAACAGUUAGCCUGCAAGUUGAGAUUAGUCAGCAGACCAGCAUUACCUGCUCCUGCCGUGGGCAUCGGUACCCUCCACCAUCAGCAGCAUGAAGCCAUCCUGACCGCGGCUUUCUCCUGAGACCACACCAACAUAAACUUCAAGAAAUGAUCGUCUUAUUGUAGCAAACAAGCGAUGACUGGUACACUGACAACAAACGCCAAGUACUGUUUGUAGCCUGAGCACUAAACAGAGGCAUAUUACACGUUUGGCUCUUUAAUGCAUCCCCUUAUUUAGGUAUAAGGAAACAUUUCUUACUGACAUCCAAAUCAGUUUAUCAAUACAACUUUUGUAAGUAUCAUAAUUGAUAUUUCAGAAGUAAUAUUUGGCACAGAAAAAAUUUUAUUGUAUAGAAGACAUGUAGAAAAGCAUACAGUACAUACGUAUUGUGUGUAAUUUUUCAAAGCACUUUUAAAUUAAAUUUUAUAUACGUGCAGAAGACUGGAGGCAAAGAAAAGAAUAUAAAUAAUAUUUGUUGCAGCACUGAGAUGAAUAUCGUGAUGUGUACUAGUAGCGUCUCACGCUCAAAAUGUUGGUGCAUUAAAUGUGUGCAUGAGAAUUAGAUACGUCUAUGAAUGUAGAAUCAGAAAUAACAAAAAUUAAUCGACUGUUACAUGUUUUUGAAGUGAAUGUAUUAAUGGAAAAUUAAUAAUUUUGAUUUGAUAUCUAGUUUAUAUUACUGUGAAUUUUUACUCAUGAUGACAAUCCCAUCCAAAUAUAAUUUAUAAUGUUGAAUUAUAGGCAUUGUUUUCAGUAAUCAUAAUGUUGUGGAUGAAACUGAAUUUGUAAUUGAAUACAUAUUCUAGAGAUAAAAAAUUAAAUAAAAAUCUUAUCACUUACCAUUAACAUACUUAUCAUGCAAAGCAAAUAUAUUAAUAAUUAAA